CGCCGCCAACCGGGACCACAUAGGAGUACACGUUACUUUUUUGUCUCUAUUUGGAGAAAUUUAACAUCGAAGUGAAACAAGCAAAUGAGUGGAAAUGAAUGAGGUUUAAUUUUCGUCGGGUCUCCCUGACGGAGAAAUGUACACUGAAGGGCGUUUUCCGUGUUUUUUCCAGCGUGUUUUUCCUAACAGGUAGUGAGCCUGAGCGCUCAGUCAGUGCAGCUCUGUGAGGAGACUGAAUAUCCCGCUUUGUAAUCUCUUGACAGCCUUUUUAACCCAUCUUUGGCUCGACGGAGGCUUAUCUACUCUCAACAGAAAUAUGGACUGUGUGUUUUUUUUGGAUAUUUUUGGGCGUUAUUUUCUGAAUUUGUAAUAGGUUUGAGCCACUGACGGACAUGAAGAAGGAAGACGGUGUGGAUUAGGAUCUUCCCCUACCCCUUUUUUUCUGUUCUUUUUUCUUUCUAUCUUUCUUUCUUUGGUUUAAUCCCCCCUCCUCUCGUCCUCAAUGUGGGCUCUAAAGGACUUCUUCCCCCUCUGCGGCUUGGAAUGAAAUGAUGGCAGCACGUUGGAGUGAUUCACCCCAGGACAAUGAGGAGCGUAAACACAGAGCCAUAACUCCAUGUGGCAAGGCCAAGCAGAAGGAUGGGCGGGAUCAGAGCGAGGCGUCAGCCGCCGCUUCUCCCGGAGCGGACGACGAGCCUUUUUCCUGGCCGGGGCCCAAGAUGCUUCGCCUGCGCCGGACAUCCCAGGGCUUCGGCUUCACACUGCGACACUUUAUCGUCUACCCGCCUGAGUCUGCCGUCCACAACUCACUAAAGGAUGAAGAAAAUGGCAGCAGAGGGAGACAGAGGAAUCGUCUGGAGCCAAUGGAUACGAUUUUCGUCAAGCAAGUGAAGGAGGGCGGUCCCGCCCACGGAGCUGGACUCUGUACAGGGGAUCGGAUAGUGAAGGUGAAUGGAGAGAGCAUCAUUGGGAAGACAUACUCUCAAGUCAUAGCCUUGAUCCAGAACAGUGAUGCUUUGCUGGAACUCUGUGUGAUGCCAAAGGAUGAGGACAUUUUGCAGCUGUUUUCCAGGGAUAUCACUGCUCUGGCGUAUUCCCAGGAUGCAUACCUCAAAGGAAAUGAGGCAUACAGCGGAAAUGCCCAGAAUAUCCCUGAGCCCCCUCCCAUAUGUUACCCACGGAUAGAAGUCAAGGCUGCAGGCAUGGCUCAGUCAUCAGAGCCUGUCACUGUCACUGAGACUCCCAGAGGGCCAGUUCAAGGACCAGGGAGGCGAGGGGGCGCCACAGAGAAAAGCUAUCGGGUGGAAAUCCCUGUUCCUCCUUCUCCUUCCCAGCAGACGUCAAAGUCUCAGACAGUGGUGUGUGUCUGUAAUGACAAUGUGAGGACAGUGCCCCCUGAUCAGAUUGAGAGGGGGUCUCGGGUGGCUCGGGCUGGACCCAGCCACAGGACUGAGGAAAACCGGUAUGGUCCUGCAACAGAUUCUGGCUCGGCCCGACCAAGACCCCUUAUUCCCUCAGUCCCUGGGAGCGCACAGUUACAGUACCCCUCCUCACGCACCACAGAAAUGCCAGUCUACCCCCCUUCCUCAACUUCUAGACCUGGAAUCUAUCCUGACACCUUAUCUCCACCUGGACGGGCCUCGCAGGACACGUUCUCCACUGCCAUCUCACCCAGCGCCAACCACUACUCACCCUCUCCCACAGCUCCCUCUACCUCCCCUCACCAGAACAUUGACUGGAAAAACUACACCACCUAUAAGGACUAUAUUGAUGCCAAAAGACUGCACAGUUAUGGCUGCCGCACCAUCCAGGAACGCUUGGACACCUUGCGUGCAGCUUCCAGUUCUAGUUCUGUCUACACCCAGCAACGAACAACAUCUCCUCCCGUUGCCAGUCAGAGAGGGGCACUGGAAUCCCAGGUUAGACGCAGGAGUGCAUCCAAUGACCGUGGGGUGGAUACAGGUAGUCAAGGCGCUGCAGUGACAGUUCCUUUGCGCAGCGCCUCCCAGGAGAGGCUAGGAGGCGGGGCAGAGAGGACGAUAACAACUAGGAACUGGCCUCGUAGCGCUUCACAGGAUGCUCUGCCUUUCUCAACCCCAACAGGAGUCACCAAACCUCGUGCUCGGUCUUGUGAUUACCUGGGUCAGCAUCCUGGAGAGCUAGGUGGGCUUCUCUCUGGAGACAGGUUGGGAGUGGAGGAUAGGCUUCAGCUGGGUCAGGGAGAGGAAGCCAGGGCUAGCAGGCAGGGAUCUGACUUGAGGGCUUUACCUCAUCUAAACAGGAGUCUCACUGGACAAGAGGAAGAAGGGCAGGGAUUUUCCAACUCGCCUCUAGCAGCUCCUGUUUUUACUAAAGGUACAACAGAUUCUGCACUACCAUCGAGGACAGAUGGCAUCAUAAUGAGGCCGUCACGUCUGCCUGUCAAAACUGCCAUCUCAGACGCCUCACCUGCCUUAUCUUCCACUAAACCCAUGGACCCUCUAAAAGACCAAAGAGCUAACAUCAUGGGCAACCAUAUGGGCUACUCCUCCCCUCUGCACCUGCAGCUCAGGUCCAGGGCUGACAGUCUGAAAAUAGAGGGCAGGUCAGAGGCGGGGCUAGCAGCCAGAUCCUCCUCUUGCUCUGGUCCUUCAUCUAAACUGCCCACGCAGAGACAACUACAAAGUGUUGGCAGUGCUUCUACCAGUAAUGGAGCUGUCACCCAAAAGCCAAAGGUCAAAGAAACCUCUAGUUCCACUAAGUCUCUUGUAUGGACUAACGGCAGUCUUGCAGAGGGUGUUGAAGGACCUGAUGCUACUGUUGUGGUCCUUAGAAGGGACAAAAACUCUGGAACUGCUCAUGUUCGCCCUCCGUCCUAUGUAAUAGCUGUUAACGACAACCAGAGAGGAGUGACUCAUAAGUCACCACACUUAGUGAAGGCAGGCUCUGCAGAUGCAGCGAUGUGCUGGACAUCUAGUGACAGCUACAGGGAGAUGCAUCUAAGAAGGCUGGGAGACACACGGCAAAAGUCCGGAUCCAACAACUUGGAUGACUCUCUGGAUUCAAUCCCCUUCAUAGAUGAACCUUCCAGUCCAAGCAUCGACCUGGAGAGUGCGCACAUCCCCGCCUCAGCCGUGAUAUCUGGAACGCCCGUCAUCACCACCAUCCCAGCCAGCCCCCCUUCUCCUUCCCCUCUCAUUCGCCGCCAGCUGUCACAUGACCAAGAUUCUCUCCGUCUCACAAUUAUUGAGUCAGAUUCUGGUACUAAAACUGAGCGCUCCAAGUCGUACGAUGAAGGCCUCGAUAACUACCGGGAAGAAGGCAAAGGGCGGUCCUUGAUACCUGGUCUGAAAAGUCUUAUGAAGGCUGUGGACAGGUCAUCGGAUGAUUCAGGGUCAAGGAGAGAUUCCUCAUCAGACGUCUUCUGUGACGCCACCAAGGAGGGAUUGCUGCAUUUUAAGCAGCUUCAUACAGAAAAGGCCAAGCGUGUCGGAGGCGGCAUGCGGCCGUGGAAACAGAUGUACGCCGUGUUGAGAGGAAACUACCUCUGCCUAUACAAAGACAAAAAGGAGGGCCAAGCACACGCCAACUGCCAAGCAGUGGAUGAGCCGCUGCCGAUCAGCAUCAAGUCCUGCCUGAUUGACAUCUCCUACAGCGACACGAAGCGGAAGAACGUCCUGAGGCUGACCACGUCGGACUGCGAGUACCUUUUCCAGGCUGAGGACCGGGAGGACAUGCUGGCCUGGAUCAGAGUCAUACAGGAGAACAGCAACCUGGAUGAGGAGAAUGCCGACUUCACUAGCCACGACCUCAUCAGCAGGAAGAUCAAAGAGUACAACACCUUGAUGAGCCCGACUGGCAGCAAGACGGAGCCGUCUCCCAGAACUUCACGCCAGUCGCUAAGGCAGACGCUGCUGGGAGGGAAAGGAGAGACCAAAGCAACAAGUCCACACUCACCCAAAGCUGAGCAGGAGAGGAAGAACAUGCACAAAGAUGACACCAGCCCUCCCAAGGAUAAAGGGACAUGGCGAAAGGGCAUCCCAGGACUGAUGAGGAAACCUUUCGAGAAGAAGCCGUCUCCUGGAGUCACGUUUGGAGUGAGACUGGACGACUGUCCUCCUGCACAGACCAACAAGUUUGUGCCUCUGAUUGUGGAGGUUUGCUGUAAGCUGGUGGAAGAGAGGGGGCUGGAGUACACGGGCAUUUACAGAGUUCCUGGAAACAAUGCUGCGAUCUCCAACAUGCAGGAGGAGCUCAAUAACAAGGGCAUGAAUGAUAUCGACAUCCAAGACGAUAAAUGGAGGGACCUCAAUGUGAUCAGUAGUUUACUCAAGUCCUUCUUUCGGAAACUCCCCGAGCCCCUGUUCACCAAUGAGAGGUACACAGAUUUUAUAGAGGCCAACAGGAUAGAGGACCCAGUGGAGAGACUCAAAGUGCUGAAGAGACUGCUUCACGAGUUACCGGCUCAUCAUUACGAGACCCUCAAGUUCCUCUCAGCUCACCUGAAAACUGUGGCUGACAACUCUGAGAAAAAUAAGAUGGAACCGAGGAACCUGGCCAUCGUGUUCGGCCCCACUCUGGUGCGCACCACCGAGGACAACAUGACCCAUAUGGUGACGCACAUGCCCGACCAGUACAAGAUAGUGGAGACCCUCAUUCAAAAUUAUGAUUGGUUCUUCACUGAAGAUGGAAAUGGAGAGCCAGUGACUGUGUCCCAGGAGGAGAGUGCAGUGGAGUCUCAGCCUGUCCCCAACAUCGAUCACCUGCUCACCAACAUCGGCCGUACAGGCACAUCGCAGGGUGAAGUAUCAGAUUCCCCAACUAGUGACUCAGCUAAAUCAAAGGGUUCCUCAGGGAAGGAUCAGUGCAGCAGAGACCUCCUGGUCUCCUCCAUCUUUGCUGUAGCCAGCCGCAAAAGAAAGAAGUCAAGGGAGAAGCCGCAGCCUAGCAGCUCAGACGAUGAUCUGGAUUCUGUAUUCCUCAAGAAGGAAAUCCUUGGCCAGAAGCCAAACCAGCAGACCGAGGCACAGGGCGAGACUCGUCCCAGCCCUAACACCAAACCCAGCACGAAGCAGCAAGCACGGACAGAAGAGAGGAAGGAGAAUGGGAGGACAGUGGAGCUCACACCUAAAGCUAAGAGAGAGCACCGAAACUCCUUAUUCCUGAGGGAGAAGAUUACCCCCAGACGCUCCUCACCUUCACCUUUACCUUCCCCAAAGAUUUCCAACUCUCUCAGCAUCAGCUACCAAACAGCUCCUCAGGGAAAAUCCUCAUUGUCAGACCCUCCGUCCCAGCUCGAUGAAAACACCUCAGACCUUGGGACCAUGAGCUCUGGAGCAUCAGUGCCACGAUCCAGACCGAAAAAAUGGACUGCAGGAGUGUCCCCUGAUCUGCCAGCAGGAGCCGCUCUGGGAGCAGGUGCAGGGGCGUCCGCUGGCGCAGAGGUGAGCUCUAUCACCUCUGACUACUCCACCACCUCCUCUAUCACGUUCCUGACUGGAGCGGAGUCAAGCGCGCUCAGUCCAGAGCUGCAGGGUGGUGAGGAGGCAGAUGAUGAGCGCAGUGAGCUCAUCAGCGAGGGACGACCGAUGGAGACAGACAGCGAGAGCGACUUUCCAGUUUUUGCUCCAGGCGGCGGCAGCAGCCAGUCCACACCCCGCCCAGCGCAAAGUCAAGAAAAGGCCAAAGGGGGCAGUGCUAUCGAAGGGGGCACCUCACCAAAACUGGAAGCACGCCGGCUCUUCCCAACACACCGCAUGAUUGAGUGUGAUACCCUCUCAAGAAGGUGGUCCCUGAAACAGAAAACAGACAGUGAAUCGUCAGUGGAAGGGGCUGCUGGCAGCGGGGAGCGCAGCGAGGGCAGGGCGGAGUCUUCCAGCCGGUUGUCUCGAGUCCUGGAGGUGAUGAAAAAGGGCCGAUCCACAAGCAGCCUCAGCUCUUCUUCGCGCAGUGAGUCGGAGCGAUCCGAACCAGCCUGGCACCUUAAGAUCACAGAGAGGCUCAAGUUUAGGCUACGAACGUCCGCUGAUGACAUGUUUACUCAGAAGAACCGAUCUCCCGACGGUCGCAGUAAGAAGAAGAACAUCCGACGGAGGCACACCAUGGGUGGGCAGAGAGACUUCGCAGAGCUGGCAAUCAUCAACGACUGGCGGGAGCAAGGUGGGGUGGACCAGGCGGCCGAACUCUCAGCUCUAGACCGCCUGAAGCCUAGAUGCUCCUCUCAGGACUUAUCCAUUCGGGACUGGAUUGCGAGGGAGCAAAGCAGAGGCUCCGAGCCAAGCGUCGAGGUUGCGCCCAAAGCGGUGCCUGAGGAUGAUCACGCAGAAGUGCAUGAAGAAAGACCUCCCGAAAGACCUCCACCUCCACCGCCUUCGGACUCCCCUGGGGCUCAGCCUCCAGCCGGGGAGCACAUUAACGGCAGAGGACUGCAAAGCAAAAACAAAGGCUCCUUAGGGGACGACGCUCACCCACACAAACUCUCUGGAGCGCAAGUUGUCCGCUCACGGUUCUACCAGUAUCUGUGAAACGGAAAACAAAAAACAAAACCGGGAUGAAUGUGUACGUGUAUGAAUGUGGGUAUUUUAGCUGAGGUUACUGCACAAUAUUUUUUCUACAAAGUAUACUUUAUGUAUCUACUGUACAUACUUAUUAUGAUUGUUACUGGAAUUCGACUGAAGAGAUGUCUAACUCUGACUCAUCGGCCAUACUGGAACAGACAUGGAAACAAAAACACAGACUUUUCUCCUGUAAGAUGGAACCCAACGAGUGCAAGAAUGUGACUUUAAUAGGACACGAUGACAAAUAUAAGGGUCAACUUGAGUAUUACUGAAGAAAGCAGGUGCAAGAGUUUUUUUUAAAUAAGGAAUCAUGACUCAGUUCUUCCUCUUUGGAGCGGUAUGAAGAAUGUAUUACACUUUUUGGACUAACAUGAGUUGCUUGUGACAAUAAUGUCUUUUUCAAAACGGCAUGUCUGUGUUUUUCUCGGCUGUACUUGAAGUACGUGGAAGUGACUGAGGGCUGCUUUCUGAGCUGAGUGCUGUGGGAAGUUUAUUUUUUUCUUUUUAUGUUUCUUGUUGUUUUAUUUUGUAUUUUCACAGCACACUCACAACAGCCAGAUAUUAGCUUGAGGAACUGGGGGAUUAUUAUAGUUUUAUGAAAUAAAAGACUGAGAAAACAGUAAUAAAAUGCUGAUACUACAGUAUGUAAUGCUUGGUACAGUAGUUUUGUGAAGUUAUAGUCCAAAAAGUGAGUUUUUACAUACGAAAAAAAAGUGCCUCUUUUAUUUGUUUUGUUUUUAAACUGUUUUUAUGGAUGGUUGGAAACACAAGGAGGGUCAUUUUUUUUCUUUUAACCUCACAGGCAUUCCAGAUUUUAUCCUGUUUUUAGUUAAACUCACAGCAGCAUUGGAGCAACAUCAGAUUUUUAUCGCAGUUAUGUUUCAUUAUAGUUUUAUCCCCCCCCCCCCACCCCGGGUUUUGCAGUAAAAUGGAACGGGUGCUUUAAAAAGCUGGGAGAAAAAAAAAUCAUGUCUGAAACUGCAUGAGACAAUGUUUGCUGAAGAGUGAACAUCUCGCCCGUGUUUACAGAAAAACAUGGGCGCAACACCACCUCCUCCCCUCAACAAACACUGGAAAUAAAUAACCUUUAUUUAGA